AUGGCCGACCUCGUCGACUUUAUGCUCGACCUGAUGCGCCGUCUCCCGCCCACCCAUGUGGAGGAGAACGUGGCAUCGCUCGUAGCGAUGUGCCCGGACUACGCGGACGACCUCCUCGGGAGCGUCGACCAGCCGCUGAAGGUGAUGACCGAUCGCGCCACGGGGAAGGAAUACCUCAUCUGCGAUUAUAAUCGAGACGGGGAAAGCUACCGGUCACCAUGGUCGAAUGAGUACGACCCACCACUAGAGGACGGGACCGUGCCCUCGCUGAGGCUUCGCAAGCUCGAGAUCACCGCGAACGAGGCAUUUGACACGUAUCGUGAAAUGUACUAUGAAGGAGGCGUGUCCUCCGUGUUCUUAUGGGACUUAGAUGAUGGAGGGUUCGCGGGCGUAGUCCUGCUAAAGAAGAUCUUGAAUGCUGCAUCCCCAACCGAACCCUCCGGCUCCUGGGAUUCCAUUCACGUCUUUGAGGCAGCUGAGCGGGGGCGCCAAGCGCACUACAAGCUCACGUCGACAAUAAUGCUGCAAUUAGUCGACCGGUCCACCGCGUCUGGCACCGUGAAGAACGAGAAAGGAGUGGCAGAGGAUGCGAAACGGGAGGGGGAGGUCGUGCUGAGCGGGAGCAUGACUCGUCAGACAGAACAAGACUUUCCUCUCCAAGACCAAUCCUCGCACAUCUCCAACACCGGGCGCAUGAUCGAGGAGAUGGAGAUCAAGAUGCGAAAUCUACUCCAGGAGGUGUACUUCGGCAAGACGCGCGAUGUCGUGUUCGACCUGCGCAGCGUCGACGACCUUGAAAAGGCGCGCCGGCAGCGCGAGCUGCAGAAGGAACUCGUCGGGUUCAUAAAGCGGUGA